CAAUCGUCUGAUCCGUUCUUAGCGCUUCACCUCGAGCCUUCUUCUCUUUCCGUUUUCCCAAAGCUAAGAGUUUCUUUCUCAUGAUUAUCACAAUUACACCUCAAAAAAAGAAAAAAAAAAUCAAAAUUAAAAUUAAAAAAAUACGAGAAAAUCGCAGCCACUGGGUGAUGUUUCGUGGCACUGAUCGUCACUGUUAAAUCCAGUGCUAACAGCAAUGGAUGAACCUGGUACAAGCAUGAGCAUUUUUGUAAAUCCAAAAAGCAUCAAUCCAAUGAGGCGUCUGAAUAAGAAAGAUUGCCUUUGUUGAAGUUUGGGGAAUUUGAUAUUUUUGAGGAUUUUCCUCUUCUUCCUUUUUUUUUUUUGAGAUUUUUCAUAAUAUUAUGUCCGAUUUAGUGGCACGUACAGGUCGGCUUCAGCAAAGGUACGAGAACGGCUAUCGGCUUGUCGCUGGGUGUAUUCCAUUUAGGUAUAGAUGUUUAGAUGAGUCACACCAUGAAAAUUCUGAAAAUGUGGUUGAAGUAUUGAUGAUCAACUCAACUAGCGGACCAGGUCUUUUGUUUCCUAAGGGAGGUUGGGAGAAUGAUGAAACUGUCGAAGAGGCUGCAGUGAGGGAAGCAAUUGAAGAAGCUGGAGUCCGAGGAGAUUUAUUGGAUUUCGUAGGAGAUUAUAAUUUUAAGAGCAAAACUCAUGAAGAUGAAUUCAGUCCUGAAGGAUUAUGUAAAGCAGCAAUGUUUGCUUUGUUGGUAAAGGAGGAAUUAAAUUCAUGGCCGGAGCAAAGCACUCGUAUAAGAAGUUGGCUAACCAUAUCACAAGCAAUUCAGAAUUGUAGGCAUGCAUGGAUGAAAGAGGCUUUGGAGUAUGGUUUUUGUAAGUGGCUUGCACAAAAGAGGAAGACGACUUCCUAAUCGGCGACAGUCUCCGGCAAACCCCAUACCUGUGCUUUGUAUUUUUUUCUGUUCUUUUUUUGAAAAUAGAAAAUAUUGCUGUUUGUGAUGAAAAUAGUGUUAAUGUUUCCUCUCUUUCUUCUUCAUUGAUUUUAUAGGUUUUAUAUUGCUGACCUCAUGCAUUUUUAGUUCAGAAGGUAGGUCCAAUUUGCUGGGUUUUGUUAACUUUUUGUAGAGAUGGAUUUUUGAAUGAUUGCAAGUUAUCAGAUUUCUUUUUAA